GUGCUGUCGGUUGUCACCGCUCGGCUGCGUGAUUCGUCUCCUCCGAGUUCUCAAGCCGGGGUGCGAGCCGCCCGUAAGUUUCCAUUUUGUAUCGCGUCCAUCUCAUUAACGCGUGAAUACGCGCGUGAUAAGGGCUCGGGCUCGGGCCGGACUUUUGACGCGGCCUCGAUCGCGGGGACCUCGCGGGGUUCGUCGGACUUGGCGCGCGGGAACGCGCGGCUGAUGAAAGGGAGUGAGAAGCCCACGGUGGGAGAGGGAGGGGCGAGAGAGAUACGAGCCGCGGCCGCUGCAGUUUCCUGCCAGUUUCCGAUCGGCGUUGCUCCGUAUAAGCGCGCCUCCGUCGUCGUCCGUCCAGAAUCGUGAGCAUCGCGCGGCGUCGAAACGUUGAUCGAAAAGCGGCAAUCGCGCGGAUCGUCACCUCGUUCUUCUCGCAUAUCCUAGAUCCCGGAGCGUCGUAUUUCUCGGCUCUCUCUCUCUCUUCCGCGCACGAAAGACACGAGCGGAGCGAAUUUUGUGGAGCGAACACAGCCUCCCGUUCUCAUCUUCUCGCCCGGCUAUCGCCGGACCCGGGACCUGUCGUCUCUCUCUCCGAGCUCUCACCUCAGUUGACAGUCAGGUGCGCGUGCACUCGCCAGUGACUACGCCGACCACCACGUCGACAAGAUGAACUACGGGGACAUGUCGAACGUUGAUCCUGCCAGGAGUCUACGCAGGAUCGCCCGGCACGACGAGCCGGAGUUUAGCAACGCCAGCAUUCUGAACAGCAUGGAGAAUUUCGUGCGUACCGUGAGCGAGAUGGAGGACACCAUCCUGGUGCCCAGCCGCCUGCUGGAUCUGUCCGUGGGUGACGCGGGCGAUACGGUCUGCAUGAAGGGCAAGCGCGGUAGCACGGUGAAGGACACCCUGGCCAACACCGACCUGUACCGCCUCUAUAACAUUAUCAAUCAGAUGAAGAUCGAGCUGCUGUGGUCGCAGGAACCCACGCGAGGCAACGUGGCGGACGAUCAGACGACGAUUAAGAGCCAUCCGGUCGGUAGCCCGUCCGCCGAACUGGCGCACCAUCAUCCGGCGGCUAUGACCGGUGGUAGACUCGGCCACGUGCGCUGUCCCAGCACCACGUCGAUGCAGAGCGUGCAGAGCGCAUCCUCGAUCGCCUGGACCUCCGACUCGGACUCCGAGAACGGCAUUGAGAUCGAUAGCGGUCUGGAGGGUGAGGAGUGCGUGGUCGACCUGGCGAGCAUCGCUGCCGAAAACUUUAAGCGUCAUCUGCGCGGCCUUCACAGCAGCAUCGCCCGUAUGACGGAGGCGGCCGAAUAUCUAACGUUACGGUACCAGGCCGACAUGGGCGGACAGGUCUGAUUCGCCGACGAUAUCAUCGUAAUCACCGUCGCUAUCGUCACUGUUGCCGCCUGUGCAUCAUUGAUUGUCGUCGCGAACAGAUCCCGCAUCCUCGCCUUGUAAUCGACCUCGUAGACACUUCCGCGACUCCCGGCUUUCUGAGGUUUCGACAGAACUUCAGGAUGCGCCGACGGCGAAUUGCGAAGGACUUACAAUUCGCCGCGAUUGAAAUACACUGUCCGCGCGCUCAGUUAUGUAUGAUUGCUAAAGUUACGUUUCGGUAAUAUUGUAUUCAUGAGAUGGACUACGAGACAAUAAAUUGUCGUCGGAUAUGUAAAAUUCCGCGCAAAUAAACUAGUAGUUCUUAAACAGAAUUGAGACUAUGAGAUAAGAUAUCUCGAGAUAUGCGUUUUUUUUUUUGGCAUAGCAUUAUGAGGAGAUAACGUUUGAUUCUGUUCUGCUUUUAAUUGUCUUUGCACCAGCAGUUGAAUCCAAUUGAACAAAAUGAGAAGAACCUAAAAUCAGGGACGGAUGUGAUUAUACAUAACGUAAAACCAUUAUUUUAUUGCGCAUGAAGUACAUUGUAUUUCUAAUAAUAGGUUUAAAUGUAUGUGUCAGCUACGGAAGGUAUGAGGAAGAUGAGCAUAAGAUGAAAAUUUCAUAUGUGACAGACACAUUUAAGCACAUGAGUUAUGUAGUUUAGACUCAUUCUUACCUGCGUCACAUCUUAGAUUGCAUUUUCUGGUACAAUUUUCUUUCGAUGAAGCAUCGCAUUGUCAAGAAUAAUUCUUUACUUUACGCUAUUUCUUUUUACUUUUAUAUUCAAAGAGUUAGAAUCAAUUUAAAAUUAAUACAGAUUGCGUUUCAGUUCAUGCUUCAAAAAAAAAAUUUAAUUUGAAAAUAUAGAUUUUCUAUUGAUGCAAAAACUGUUAACAAUACGAAAAAUGGCUAAAAUAAUAAAAAAAAAAAAAAACAAUCCAUAGAAUAAAGUUUAGCCUUUUGAUGUUUUAUGGAUAUAUAUAUUUAUUUAUUUAAAAACUAUCGUAUAUAACAAGUCUUGCUCUCUAGAUAAAUUUAAACGAUAUAUCAACAUCUCGAGGAUAUAAAAUACAAAAAUACUUGUUAGAGAUUUGGACAUUUUUAGAAACUAUUUAUAAAUUGUAUGGAAAGAAAGAUGGAGUCGAAAUAGUUUAUGUAUAUACUAUUGUUGGGUGUUAUUUUAUAACAUACACAAUUUAUUGUAACAUAAGUCAUGACCAGUGGUUUGUAAUUAAAGUACCGAAUUACCUCUGAAUUAUUAUAAAUACUGCUACAUCGAAAGAACGAAUGCAUUUUGGACAGCGGAGUAAGAUUGUACAAACUAUAUGUCUUGGAAUUCGUGUAUAUCUGCGGUAGAAGCUGUCGCGCUAGAUCAAUCUCGCUGAAGUAUCCCUUUUCCGUUAGAUUUUCGCUUUCGUGAGCGAAUUGUUAAUGUUAUCGAAUUGUAUCUUAUACCGCGGCGGCGACCGACAUUAGUGUGUAUAUAUACAUGCUUAGCGCUCUACGAUUAUUUAUUUCUACGUAAAGUUAAUAAAAGGUAUCGUUUAACUUCUAAGUUGCGCGAGUUGUGAACAUACUCGUUCGCGAAAAAUCGUUUUUAAGUCGUAGGUAGAAAAGAAUGACACACUGGUCGGCGAAUGUUUCCAUGCCGAUAGAAUUUUAGAACGGUGUUUGGAACUCUACGUUUGCAGUGUACAUAGAGCCGGUGAGAUGCUUUCCUGACGCGUCGAUAUGAUUAGAAUCCGAAUAAUUAUCAAUCUUGCGCAUCGGAUGUUUAGUUUGCGGUUAAGAAUUUUUUGAACUUUUUUAAAGAAAAAAUUAUAGAGAAAAGCAAAAGAAGAAAAAAUCUGGCGAACAAAAGUUGUUACUAUUAUAAUAAUUUUCGGACAACACACAAAUUAUUUCUAAUAAAUGGUAUAAUUUUUAAAAGGCUGUAUCUUUCUAUGCUUAGGUACACUGUACAUUUUGCUUCACAUUCGUGAUUUGUUGAAAAUCUUUGUUUGAAACAAGUAACGCAAAUUUUCACAUUUUAUUUUGUGCUUUUCUUUCCGUUGUAUAUAGUUUAUGUAAAUAUAAAGAUGCGUAAAGUAAAUUAUAGAAAUACGGUGCCAUAUCUGUUGAAACUUGCGUUUCAACAUAAUCUGCAUUUGUGAGCCGCGCAAAAUUGUGGAAACCUUAAAGGUCUGAUAUGAAAACCAUGCCUAGACGAUGAUUCGGAUAUGUACUGCGCACCUGAUUUAAAAUUUUUUGAAAGCCGUCUUUUUAAUGCAUUUUUUAUUUCUUUUUGUCGAAUAUCUUUUAGAAAAAUCUCAAAACAUUUAAGUUUUUCAUGAUUAUGCAAUUGACUCGCUAUGCAUAGGUGAAUUAAGUUAAGAAUUAAGUUAUGCUAAGGAUGACUUUUAUAUUCAUUCCGUAUCGUGAGUUACAUGCUUUUAUGAUUCUCUUAAGAUAUGGUACCUCAGGGGUUUUCAAAUAGUAACGCACGUAUAUAUUGGUAUACUUGCUAUUAUUUAUACAUAUCGAUGACCUAAUUAAAAUAAUCAAAAGAUAGAAAUAAUUAUUUAUUCUCCUGCUUAAUAGCAAAGAGAAUCGUUGCUGCAAUGAAUGCAAGCUGCGUAAAAUAGUUAAACUUCAACGAGUAUUUGAGAGUCCCUGAGAUCGUGUAUAAAUUAUGAUUAUUUAUGGGUCAUAAUUAAUACACACACGUAGUAACGUAAUCGUUAGAAUACAAAUACCGUGUUGCGGUAAUGGUUCGCUCUUCGCGUGGAAUCGUGACUAAAAGAUUGACGACGCGUUAACUAGAUUAUUAAUAAAGAAUAUUUGAUACUUGAAUGCAAUUAUGCGAAAAAGAACGCACAAGUCCAAUCGGAAUAUAAGCAAAUUUUUACUAUUGUACCAUUACGCGAAAUAAGAAAUUUAAUUAUUCAUAUCAAGGUUCUGAGAAAUGUACAUAAAAGAGAACUACUCUGUAAACGAUUUAAUGUUAAUGCAAACCUUCUAUUUCGAAAAAGUUCUUUUUUGCAUAAUUAAGUCUGUUGCGAACGAUGUAAUUGCAGUCCUUGUGUCAGGACAUUCGCUACGCAAUCAAAAUAUUGUCGCAUACAGUAUUUUGUGCUUCCUUCGUUGUUUGCGCUAUGAUGAAAAAUACUUAGAAAUUGAUUCAGUCGGUCAAAUUUUAUCGAACUAAUGUACGCGUGCGUUCAUUAUUUUGGUGUCCUUUUAGCUUUACACAAACGUGUAAGUGUUUGCAUCAUGGAAUUAGGUGGAACUGCCUUGAUUUUAUAUUGCGAUAAGUAUAAUGCUGUUAAAAACGCUCAAUUUCAGUAAAACACGCAGUCAGCUUUAUAGUAGACGAUACCGACGAUUGAGAUGUACGGGAAUCUUCGAGAUACUUGUACGGUCUUUGUAAAACGUCUGCGUCACUUGAAAAUCUUGUAAUAGUAAUAAAUUAAUUACUUCCAAAG